GGAUGCUGAGCUUGUGACUGAGACAACCGACUGUAGUAAACUGGUAAACCGGAGGAUGAACGACAACAAGAGUUGACGACACACUCUCCACUGCUCAGUGCUUACAUUACAACUAAUAAUAUUCAGUAUAGUAACGUUACAUGGUCCAUCUCUUGAUUUCGCGCUCAGCAGAGUGUUUCGGUUCAGAAAAUCCAAACACGAAGCAGUAAAACUCACCGGUCAACGAAAAGCGAGCAGCAGAGAGAAGACUAGCCUACCAAGUCGGACAUUAUCACAAUUCUCAACCAAGAGGUCGGCAUCACUUGAAUGCGAAGAUGACAGACGCGGUCGUAGACGGUAAAUUGGAGCUGGUGAAACAGGCAACGAAAUAUGUAAAAGAGACCGAGAACGUCGCGGAAAAAUAUUCUGCGAUGACCGUUAGCAAGAACAGCGACAUGAACAUGAAUGUCGGUGAAUUGCAGUCCGCCGCAUUCACUGCGGUGCCCACUCUCAAAUCUGUCAAGAAGAUCCAGUUUGCGGAGGAUAAACAGGAGUUUCAGAAGUACCCCACUAAGGCCGGCCGGCGCUCCCUGUCUCGCUCCAUCUCCCAGUCCUCCACAGAUAGCUACAGCUCAGCUGCGUCCUACUCAGACAGCUCAGAUGACGAGACCUCUCCUCGGGACAAGGCCCAGGCCAACUCCAAGGGCAGCAGCGACUUCUGCGUUAAGAACGUCAAACAGGCAGAGUUCGGCAGACGGGAGAUCGAGAUCGCAGAGCAAGAUAUGUCAGCCCUGAUCUCGCUGAGGAAGAGAGCCCAGGGGGAGAAGCCUCUAGCUGGGGCGAAGAUAGUGGGCUGCACCCACAUAACAGCUCAGACUGCAGUUCUGAUAGAGACCCUGGUAGCUCUUGGAGCUCAGUGUCGUUGGACAGCCUGUAACAUCUACUCUACUCAGAACGAGGUGGCUGCUGCCCUGGCAGAGAGUGGUGUGCCUGUGUUUGCAUGGAAGGGCGAGUCAGAGGAUGACUUUUGGUGGUGCAUCGACCGCUGUGUCAACACAGAAGGCUGGCAGGCCAACAUGAUCUUGGAUGACGGAGGGGAUCUGACCCACUGGGUUUAUAAGAAGUACCCCAGCGUGUUUAAGAAGGCUCAGGGCAUCGUGGAGGAGAGUGUCACUGGAGUCCACAGGUUGUACCAGCUGUCCAAGGCAGGCAAGCUGUGUGUCCCGGCCAUGAAUGUGAACGACUCCGUUACCAAGCAGAAGUUUGAUAACCUCUAUUGCUGCAGAGAGUCCAUCCUGGAUGGUUUGAAGAGGACCACUGAUGUGAUGUUUGGGGGGAAACAGGUCGUGGUGUGUGGUUAUGGAGAGGUGGGGAAGGGUUGCUGUUCUGCUCUGAAGGCCCUGGGAGCCAUCGUCUGCAUCACAGAGAUAGACCCCAUCUGCGCCCUGCAGGGCUGCAUGGAUGGGUUCAGGGUGGUGAAGCUGAAUGAAGUCAUUCGGCAGAUGGACCUGGUGAUAACCUGCACAGGCAAUAAGAACGUGGUGACCAGAGAGCAGCUGGACCGGAUGAAGAAUGGCUGUAUAGUCUGCAACAUGGGACAUUCCAAUACCGAGAUUGAUGUGGCCAGCCUGCGGAGCCCGGAGCUUACCUGGGAGAGGGUGCGUUCUCAGGUGGACCAUGUGAUCUGGCCCGACGGCAAGAGGGUUGUCCUGCUGGCUGAGGGUCGUCUUUUGAAUCUGAGCUGUUCCACAGUGCCUACAUUUGUCCUGUCUAUCACAGCCACUACUCAGGCCCUGGCUCUGAUUGAGCUGUUCAAUGCUCCUGAGGGACGCUACAAACAGGAUGUCUAUCUGCUGCCUAAGAAGAUGGAUGAGUAUGUGGCCAGCUUGCAUCUGUCCAAUUUUGAUGCCCAUCUGACAGAGUUGUCUGAUGAGCAGGCGAAGUACAUGGGUCUGAACAAGAACGGCCCCUUCAAACCCAACUACUACAGGUAUUGA